UAUCAUCUUUAGACUUUUCUUCAUUUCUCCAUAAUUUGUUUUCCCUUAAAAUUCCGUCUUCCCGAUUGUUUGUGAACUGUGAUGAUGGUGGCAACUGUUGGUAGUGCUUGUUCUACAAGUACUCUUCUCUUUGGAAGCAAAGAAUUGGUUAGAAAUGAAUUAGUUUCAGGGAUUCGUAAUAAUAGUCUUGUCAGACCUUUCGAACCCAAGCAAUUUCGUUCUAUUCUGGCUAAAUCAGUUUCAAAGAGUAGGCAAGUUAGAGCUAUGGCUUCACAAAUUCCCACAGCUCCGAAAAGAGAAAAAGAUCCGAAGAAAAGAAUCGUUAUAACAGGAAUGGGAGUUGUUUCAGUACAUGGGAAUGAUGUUGAUACCUUCUAUAGUAGACUACUUGCAGGAGAGACUGGAAUUAGUAUUAUAGAUAGGUUCGAUACUUCGUCCCUCCCUACAAGAAUUGGUGGUCAAAUCCGUAACUUUUCGUCCGGAGGUCACAUUGACGGAAAGAAUGACCGACGUCUUGAUGACUGUUGGAGGUACGUUUUAGUUGCUGGAAAAGGAGCACUUGAAGAUGCCAAUCUUGGAACCGAAAUUCUUGAAUCCAUGGAUCGAUCAAGAAUUGGAGUUAUAGUAGGGACAGGCAUGGGAGGAUUAGCAACAUUCAGCGGUGGAGUUGAAUCUCUUAUACUAAGGGGAUAUAAGAAGAUCACCCCUUUCUUUGUUCCUUACUCCAUUACGAACAUGGGAUCAGCAUUAAUUGCUAUUGACAGAGGCCUAAUGGGUCCGAAUUACUCCAUUUCUACUGCUUGUGCAACCGCAAAUUUCUGCUUUUGUGCUGCAGCAAAUCAUAUUAGAAGAGGUGAAGCUGAUAUCAUGGUAGUGGGUGGCACUGAGGCUGCUAUUGUCCCAAUUGGUGUUACUGGUUUCAUAUCUUGUAGAGCUUUGUCUCAGAGAAACGGUGAACCCCAAAAAGCUUCCAGGCCAUGGGAUAGAGAUCGUGAUGGAUUUGUCAUGGGUGAAGGUUCUGGUGUACUGAUUAUGGAGAGCUUAGAGAGUGCAACGAAAAGAGGAGCCAACAUAAUAGCGGAGUAUUUGGGAGGCGCCGUUAACAGUGAUGCUCAUCAUAUGACAGAUCCUCGUAAAGACGGUCUUGGAGUUUCUUCCUGCAUAAUCAAGAGCUUGGAAGAUGCUGGAGUUUCUCCUGAAGAAGUGAACUAUAUUAAUGCUCAUGCAACAUCAACCCUUGCGGGAGACUUAGCAGAGGUUAAUGCCAUAAAGACGGUCUUUAAAAACACAUCCGAGAUCAAAAUGAACGGAACAAAGUCGAUUAUUGGGCAUGGGCUCGGCGCAGCUGGUGGAUUAGAAGCCAUAGCUACAAUCAAAGCUAUCACAACUGGAUGGUUACAUCCAACCAUUAACCAAUUUAAUUUGGAGCCGGAGGUAACAAUCGACACCGUUCCAAAUAUGAAGAAGCAGCAUGAAGUCCAUGUUGGUAUUUCCAACUCAUUUGGCUUCGGCGGGCACAACUCAGUUGUUGUCUUCGCUCCUUUCAAGCCCUAAACUGAAGAAACAUUCUUCGUUGUCUCCUCAUUCCCCCCUCUUUAGUCCCAAGCUUUCUAUUACCUUAAUGCAGGCAAUAUGAGAUUGUAAAAUGCUUCUUCGCAGCUAUAUCGAUUUCAUAGUUGCAGGCACAGUCAUUACCGCAAUUUUUCUAUCAUGUUCUCUAGCUAGUAUUAAUCUCUUUACCAACCUGCCGAGGUUAUUUGAUUUUGUAUUUUGACCUCCAUUCAAUAAAACUGUCUAUGAACUCUAAUGGA